GUAAAAAAUUCUCAAAAUGGCGGAUGAUUUAAAUGCGAAGAAGCGAAAAAAGGAAGAAAACUUGGAGGUAUUUUCUAAUUUCUUUGAAUUAAUCCAGUGUUUUCAAUAUAUAAGAAUAGCUCGAUUGAGCGUUUGUAUAAAUUACACGUUAUAUGUACUUUGUUUUUCGUAGAAAAAUCCAAAAAGGCGAAAAACUGUCUCUAGGAAGAAACCUGGUUUUGAUAAAGAUAUAUUUAAAGAGACAGAAUAUUACGUAAAGGAUGGUUAGCAUUUCUCUACAGUUUUUAAACUGGCAUAUUAAAGCUGUCUUGUGUCUCUUUGAAAGUGGUGUAUCCUAAUAUUAGUAGAGAAAUGUCUGUUAAUGGGAAAACGGAGUUUAUCUGUUAGUUAAACCACAUUGCUUAUUAUUUAUAGUCUAAAAUCAAUCUUAAUAUAGGUUUACGCUAUGUCAAACCAUAUCCAUUCACAUUCACAACUUACUGCAAAGGUCGGUGGCUUCGAAGAAAACUUAUUGAUGUUCUAUCACAGGAAUUUCAAUCUGAAACAACUGAAUAUUAUGUAAGGUUGGAAAGAUACUAUUAUAGCACUAUAGUUUAUUUUUGACAUAAUGGCGUCCACUCAGCGCUGUAUUCAACCAAGUUUGCAGGCACAUAGUUCUCAUGUUUACUAUGCAGCAGUUUCCUAGCAUAUUUGCCUGCAUUCCCAUGGUUUCUAAAGUUUGUUUUUUUUUGGGGGGGGGGGCCGGGAGGGGCGGGCAGUUACCAACCCCUUGUCUUGUAUGCCUAUGAUUACAGAGAAUGUUAAAAUGGUUUGUUAGUAUAUUUUAGAAGUAGUUUCAAGACCUCAACAGCUGUAUUUAAAUAGAUAUUGUUAUAAAAGAACUGAAAUGUGUUGAAUGAAAUAAAUGUGUAUUUUUUGCAGAGAAAAGCUAUUGAGAAUGGAAAUAUUACAGGUUAAGUUGAUGGCAUACCCAAUUCUGAUUUUUAAAUAUCAUUUUUCCUUUGAAAUAACAUUGCAAACAAGUGUUAAAUGGAAGCUCAUUUUCCAUUAUUUCCUAUAGUAAAUGGUGCUCAGACAAAAGAAGAUGUUAUUCUUAAAGACAAUGAUAUCAUUAGCCAUAAAGUUCAUAGGUAAUCAUGCAAAUUCAAAAUUAUUAUCAUUAUUCAUUUCUUUAGAAAUCAAUUUUUUUCACAGUCAAUGAACACGAAAAUAUUCGCAUAGCGGGACUCUAAAUCUUCGUGCUGGCUACGCUACUGUAUGAUUAUGGAUGUGUUUUAUGUUGAUGAUAGCCUGCAAGCCUCCCUCUAUUUUCUUUGCAAUUUUCUUUCUUAAGCUUUCCCACUUCAAGAAAGGAAAAUAUACAAAGGAAAAUAGAAAGAUGUCUUGCAUUGUUAUAAAUUGUGUUUUAGACAUGAACCUCCUGUAACAGCAGAACCUAUCCAGAUUAUCUCUGAAACAGAAGAUGUUGUUGUAGUUAAUAAGCCUCCAUCAAUACCUGUAAGAUUUUGUCUCUUUGAUUUAAGUUAGACUAAAAAGAGUUUUUAGUUACAAGUUGAUCUAUUGAGUAUAUAACUGUGUACUGUAUAACAGUAGUGGAAUGGGCCAAUUUGAUGGUUACUGUCUUUCAGAUUCAUCCUUGUGGGCGAUACAGACACAACACGCUGGUUUUCCUGCUCGGUAGAGAGUUUGGUUUGACUAAUUUAUAUAGUAAGUAUGGCAUGCAAUCUGUGUCUGGUCUGUGUAGGUAGUGGCAAGAAUAAGAAAGCUUCGGAUUGAUAGAGAUGCAACUACCUGAAGGCCAACACUUCAACGUUUCGAGUGUUGGCCUUUCGUUGGGAAGUUAGUAAGUAGUCAAACUAGCUAGCUUUCAGUACAGCAUACAUCAUGUCGGGUGAGGGGGUCCAGCACUACAGAUGGUGCAUGACCAUCUUCAGGUCACCAGCACAACAGAUAGCACAUGACCAUCGAUGGUGCAUGACCAUCUUCAGAUCACCAGCACAACAGAUGGUGCAUCACCAUCUUCAGGAAUGUUUUCCAGAAAAUUGACCUACAUCUCCUCUACAUUUCAGCCAUUCACAGAAUCGACAGGUUAACUUCAGGAAUUGUCAUGUUUGCCAAGUAAGCAACCAUUUCUUAUUCACUUGAAGCUUUAUAUAUAGUUACUUAAAAAUCAUAAAACAACGAUCUUUUUGCAUCUCUGUAAGGUCCUUAAAAAAAGCCCAAGAGCUGGAAAAACAACUACGAGGACAUGAACUACAAAAAGAAUACGUUUGCAGAGUGCAAGGAGAGUUUCCAAGGUUUGUAGUAUAUGCUUUAUGGUCGUUUCGUCCCCUUGCCGUUUCGCGCCCCCAAACGGACGUCACCUGAAAAUUGGGUAUAACUAAUUUAUGCGGCAUUUUGCAUCAUAGCGCUCGUCUAAGGAAGCAAAAAACUUUAAAAAUCUUAGGUUUUGUCCUAUAUGUUGAAGAUUACCACAAACUGACAAAAACACAGUUUUUAAUCCAGUCCCCCUCGACGAACUGACGUCGAGUUGACAAAAACAUUGCGAUCUUAAGCUCACUAAUGGCAGUCAUUGGUCUAGUUUUCCUCAGGCUCAGACUCGGCUCCAAUUAAAAUAAAGUCAAGUCAAGUGUCGUUAUAAUAGUCACUGACAACAGCAAUAUUAAUAUUGUGAAAUAAAAGCCAAAUAUAUUUAAGUUACAUUUCAAAGUUUCGCAAUUUAAAAACAAAAAUGUGUAUUAUCCAGGCAUACAAUCCACUGAGAUACAAUCUCAAAAAGUAAGAUAUAUUGUAUUAAGGAAGUAGGUUAUAGAUAAAACAGUAUCUAGUCUGGGGAUGAAACGUGAAAGAGACGAAACGUGAAGGGGGACGAAACGAUCGGGAACGAAACGGCAAGGGGACGAAACGACCAGUUACCGUAGUGUACUAGAAGUUACUAUCGCAAGGAAAGUGCUGCCUCAUCCCAAGGGAUCAAAGAAUAUACUCCUAAAAUGCGUCAAACGCCGAGCGAUCACAGCAACUAAACACAGCUAACGACGAUUAAACAUACAAUUGUCAUUUUUAGCGAAGAGAUUGACUGCAAUGAGCCUAUUGCAGUUGUUUCACAUAAAGUUGGUGUAUGUCGUGUGCACAAGGAUGGCAAAUUAUGUAGAACUGUGUUUACACGGGAAUCUUUCGAUGGAACAAGCAGCAUUGUUAAAUGUAAGCAUGCUUUCUGAUAUUAGUCAUGAUUCUUAGUAAUCUGUUUCUAGUAAGUAGUAAGUGGCAAUGAAAAAUUCUCAGGAUAUAGCUCCGUCCUCCCUAAAAGUUCAUUAGCAUAACUACAGCAUAAACUACUGAAAAGUUUGCCUGACCACGGUGGGAAUCGAGCCCGCGACCUUUGGGAUACUAGUCCACAAACAUCAUGUUCACCUGAGUACAUCAGCCUAGGCCCUAGGCCUCUUAGUACGCCUAUUUCGCGUUUCUGCAUAUUAAUGAGGUGACGGCUCUUUCGCUCGUUCACGUCACGGAAAUCAAAAGCGUGCACAGAGGAUUUGGGACUAGUCUGUGAGUACAUAACACCAACACACACAAAAAGUAGGAUAAAAUAAAUUAAACUAACUUUCUAUUUAGAAAUUCAGUACGUGUACUACAGGAGGAAACCUGAACUAACUGUAGUCUUUAUAUAUACUGGAUAGCUCUGUCAUUUCCGAACUGUUCUCCCUAUCAUUUCCUAUUCCUAAGAAUUUUCCUAUUCCUAACUGUUCUCCCUAUCAUUUCCUAUUCCUAAGAAUUUUCCUAUUCCUAACUGUUCUCCCUAUCAUUUCCUAUUCCUAAGAAUUUUCCUAUUCCAAACUGUUCUCCCUAUCAUUUCCAAACUGUUCUCCCUAUCAUUUCCUAUUCCUAAGAAUUUUCCUAUUCCUAACUGUUCUCCCUAUCAUUUCCAAACUGUUCUCCCUAUCAUUUCCUAUUCCUAAGAAUUUUCCUAUUCCAAACUGUUCUCCCUAUCAUUCCCAAACUGUUCUCCCUAGAAACUCGUGCAUUUUCUCCUGGUGCUCCGGUUUCCUCAUAUAGUUUUCUCAUAAGAAAGUAAUGUCACAAUUGUUGUAAAGUUAAAAUAGUCUAGACUAGUAUUUAAUUAGGUAAGCGUAAUACUUGAUGUAAAGGCUAUAUUAAUCACUCAAGAUGUUAUAUCCUCACGUAUUUGUGGUGUUUUUCUCGCAGGCCAGCCGUACACAGGUCGCAUGCAUCAAAUACGUGUUCACCUCCAGUGGCUUGGUUAUCCUAUCGUAGAUGACCCGAUCUAUAAUCACGACUCCUGGGGACUGGACAGAGGCAAGGGGGGUGUGGACGAAGAUAAAGCUUGGAAAGUAUGUGAGAAAAUAAGAUUUUUUCAUUAUCUACAGUGGCGGACACUUCGCAAAAUAUCGGGGGGGGGGGGGUUUAGGUUGCCAAUACAUGCCUACCUGCUGUAAAUCUUAAGCUGGAAUUACACGAGCAACAAAAUUGCUGCAACUUGUAACAAAAUCUGAUUUCAACGCAUUUUAAUGGAAAAUGUUUACACAUAAAUUACAAAGCACAAGGCAACAUGUGUCGACAUUUCUACUUAACAUGCGUUGAAAUCAUAUUUUGUCGUGUAACUCCACCUUUAAUCUAUAGCCUGAUAAUAUUCAGCUCGGAAUUUGAGCUGAAAAAUGCAUGGAGUUUAAGCUGGAAAUGGAACUUGAGUGGGAAAUACAAUUUGGGCUGGGAAUCUAGAGGCUAUAGAUUAACCUAUAUGUAAUAUGUUGAUGGUUACAUGGUCCUGUGACAUCAUCCUAUAACAAUAAUCUACACUGUGAUUAUUCAGGUAAUUGAAUCAAUAGCAACCUCAUUGCGUAAGAAUGAUGCUGGCCUCCAUUCUCAAUCGAAUUCACAAAGGAGUCCGACAUCAAGUAAGGGAAAAACAACAGAAACAACUUUGUCAUCACUGGACUGUGGUACGAAAUUGAGAAAAUCUGAAAGUUUAGAAAACGAAACAAAUACUUGUGAUGAAUUAAAGUUGGUGACGAUGUCUGAACUAUCAAGCAUUGAAACAAGGCAAGAGAAGGGGGUUGUCAUACAGACGGAUAUGAAGGAUGAUGAGUUGAAGACGGCUUCAUACAAGGGAAGAACUACGACAUCAGUAGGAAACUGUGAUACUUGUGAUGAAUUAAAGUUGGUGACGAUGUCUGAACUAUCAAGCAUUGAAACAAGGCAAGAGAAGGGGGUUGUCAUACAGACGGAUAUGAAGGAUGAUGAGUUGAAGACGGCUUCAUACAAGGGAAGAACUACGACAUCAGUAGGAAACUGUGAUACUUGUGAUGAAUUAAAGUUGGUGACGAUGUCUGAACUAUCAAGCAGUGAAACAAGGCAAGAGAAGGGGGUUGUCAUACAGACGGAUAUGAAGGGUGAUGAGUUGAAGACGGCUUCAUACAAGGGAAGAACUACGACAUCAGUUGAAAACUGUGAUACUUGUGAUGAAAAGGUUUCCGCUGUGAAAAAAGAGGAGGGAACGAACACAGAGAACGAGGUAAAAGAUAAAACGAAUAUUGAGAAUAGUUGUCGCGGCAUGAGUUGUGGAAAUGAAGAUGUUGUUGAUGAAAUACAUCCAUCUGGUGAAAAGAAAGUUCCAGGUUGUACAGAAUGUCGCAUACAUCGCCGUGACCCAACUCCAGCGGAGCUAACUAUGUGUCUUCAUGCGGCAGUUUAUAAGGUAAGGUUUUGAACUACACACGUAAAAACACACAAGUUGUAACACACUUGUAGUAAUGUUGCUCCAACAACUUGUCAUCAGGAUGUGUUCGCACUGAUUGUUCCCAGCUUGUUGACAAAUUGUCAAUGGUUUGUUGGGUUCAAGGUUGUCGAGCUCAACAAACUUGUUACAAGUUGUUCCAACAACUCGUUAUCGUCCUGCAAUUCAUCAAUUUGUCAACAAGUUGUGAGGGACAACCUUGUAACAACUGUUAAAAUAACAGCAUUGUUACAGCUUGUCGACAACCUUGCUACAAGCCUGUUGCGAACACAUCUUGUUGAUAAGUUGUGAAAAUUUUACGUGUGUAUCUGAAAAAGAUUAAGAACACCUUGACAUAUCUUAUCCCCUUGUAUCGUAAUGUCUUGUUUAGGUAGUUCAGACACAAACACGGUGAUUUUUUCAUAUUGUUUUAAUCUUUAUCAGGGUCCUGACUGGGAAUUCAGAUGUCCUUGGCCUGCUUGGGCUUUAUCAAAUAUGGAUUCACAAACUACAGAUUGAGAGAACGUUUUAUCAAAUAUAAAGCAAGCGUUGUUGUGUCACUCACCAAACUUGAGGUAACUUCAAGCCUGGUUUACACUAUCAAAGUUUCUGUGAUCACAGGAGGAAUUUUGCAUGGGUGAAUUCUAAGUUUUAAAGAAUUUGUAAGAAAUGUUUGAGGAAACUUACUCAGUGUUUAACACUAAGUCAGUUUCCUCAAAUAUUUCUUACAAAUCCUUCAAAACUUAGAAUUUACCCAUGCAGAAUUCCUACUGUGAUCACAGAAACUUUGAUAGUGUAAAUUAUCAUGUAAUCUGCGAAACCAGACGUCAUUUCCCGCGCUCAUUCUUUGCUUGGAAAGUGCUAAUUACCAUGCAGCCUUACGACAAUUUUUACAUGUUGUAAAUUUUUAAAUCAUAGAGUAUUUCAAGAAUGCGCUAUUGUUCUUGACGCAAAGUUUACACACUCAGCCCUCCUUCUACAAAGAUACGAAGAAAUUGAAGCCUUUGGGCUGGGAAAACAUUGGGAAACAAUUUUGCUUUCUUGGAAGUAAAUUUAUUUUCCACCACCGUAGUUGGUAAAGAGGGAAACAUUCAAGAGAAGUUGGCCCAGGGGCCGGUUGUUCAAAGUACGACUAGCGCUAAUCCUGGGUUAAAAUUUAACUUUUGUUUAUGUGUUUCUGCAUGCCUGUUUAUUUCAAGGAAAUUGAACUUCUGAUGUCCAGACAAGAUUUCUGAAAACAUUUUCCAAGUUUAUAAACAAGCUUUGAAUUUCAGGUUAACCCAGGGUUUAUAAGCUAACAGGCUUUGAACAACUGGACCAUGAUUCAUCAUAGAUCAGUUGUUGGUUUUGUCUUAAAUUUCUUGGAUGAUCGUUCAGCUGACCGUAUUCUGAGCUGGUUACCAUACAGUGUACAUAAAUAUCCUUCAAUAUCCACAGUGAACACACUGUUUGCCUUGGGGACCGCUAGGAAAAUAAAAAAUAGGUACAUAAGCGUACAUGUAUCUGCGCAAAGGAACUUUUUAGGUUGGUGUAAAAAACUGAAUUCAUUUAGCAUCAACUAUGUAACAAUGCAUGACUACUCAAAUGAAAUGUAAAAUGAACGUGUUGGAAAUAAACUGUAGAUCUAGAUAUUAACAUUCGUUAAAAGCUGGAAGUGUGUGGACAUUUCUGGUGAAAUGAACACACGUUUUGGUCACUUGAGCAAGUGUGAAAGUUGGUAUGUUUUAUAGAGUGAGAUAUAAUAUAAAAUAAUAAUGAGAUUUGUGAAGUGAGAUUUGUGGAUUGUCAUAGACACUUUUGGAGGCAAUUUACGACAAACUGUAUAAAAUGUUAAUUGAUAUCCAUACUUUUAAUUUCAUCCUGCUUGGUGAUAAUUUUAAACACAUUCUUGGUUUCUUGCAGUAGUAUUCCACUCAGGCCAACAUAACCUGGGCAUUUUGAUUUGGAAACUAAAAAUUCAUGCAUGACAAUAAAUGGAAUGGUGGAAAAAUGAAUUUGAUAACCUAAUACUGUAUGAAUGAAAUGUACCUGUUAUAAUAGCCCCAUGGUAAUCUGCCUUCACAAGCUUGGGAGACACUGAUUUCAAAUUUACGGGUUGACUGCAAGAAGAGUUUUACAA